AUGGCGCAGUCGGUCGAGAGUGCGGUGUCUCCGUUCGCCUCUGGGAUGCGGCUCGCAGUUUCGGGCAGAUCACCGCAGCGGAGCAGGCUCGGGCUCCCUCGCACUCGUGCGCUCACGGAGGGAGGUUGCGGCGCCGUCGCGCAGUCGGCCCGCAUGCUGGGCGAGUGCGAGACGAAGCCCAGGAACAACAUGGCGGAGAGCCGCUUGAGCAGGAUCAAGCGCGGCCUCGACCUCACUGAGCGUGGGCAGCAGCUCGCCGCGUUCGGCGCCGCGCUGGGCAAGCCGCCGGAGCUGCUGGUCCGCUUCGUGGUGACGGCGAUGCCGACGCGGGAGCUACAGCAGUUGGAUGACAGCCCCAGCCGCCUCGACAUCUCGAAGACGUCCGUGGAGGCUGUCAGGGAGGCCGCGAUGCUGUGCGCGGAGGAGUUCGAGGCUGCCCCCGCCGUUGCCGCCGCAGCGCCGAGGCCGGCUUUCGCCUUCUCUGCCGGCGUCGUGGGAGCCCUGAGGGCGGUUUUGGCGGAAAGGACCGGUGGAGGCACCGUUACCGAGCCGUUGGGCGAGCAUGCCGCUGGCGGUGCGCCCAGUGGUCUCGAAAACGACGGGCCCCUUCGGGGGAUGACUGCCCUGCCGGCUGAUGCCGAGGCGGGCUGGGCAGGCAGCGCGGAGCGGGAGAGUUCAUUGUUCGAGGCGUCGGAUCUCAAGGAUGGAGCGGGAAGCGGGGCUCGGACGGGGCUAGUCGCGUAUCCCCAGCAGCGCUCCAUGAGGUGGUCGCGGCAGCUGCGAAUCUCGGCGAAUAUCGUGGCCGGUACCUGCAAGACUGGCGCAUGGGCCUGCGUGUCCGCUUCCAUCUCUGCUCCCUGGCCUGUGACUGGUUUCGGAGACGAUGGCGGGCAUACCAGCCCCACCAUGGGCAACGAGUGGAUCGUGGAGUGGGAGCUCUGUAGGCCGGCUGCGCGGACUGGCGCCGACUGGGUGACUCUUCCGCAGCGUUUAAUCGAGCAUUUUGCUUACUCCAUGUGCGUACUCGCGUUCUGCGGGUUUUUACUGCAGGCCCACGAUGGCCUGCAGGUGCUAGCGCGCUGCUCUUCAGUGUUCCGCAAGGUCGUGGUGUUCAGGCAGACCCACGCUUGCGACAGGCUGCCGCUGCAGGCGGAGCAGUCGCCAGCGCAGCGUCGACCGCGGCGGCCCGGCCACGGCCCGGCCAGCCCGCCUGGCGCCCGCAGCGCUGGCGGCGCUCGCCGCCGCGGUGGUCUGCUGCGGCCCGGCGACCCGCGCCCGGGGGACUGGUUCCAGCCUUGGGUUGACCUGAACGCCGCCGCGAUCGCCGGCAUCAGUAGCGUCGUUGGCUCCGGCGGGGCCGCGAUCAUUUUGUACACCGUGCUGAUCAAGAUUGUCACCUACCCGGUGACGCAGCCCACCCUCCGUACAAACGCGGUCUUGCAGUUGGUCGCGCCCCAGCGGGAGUACAUAGAGCGGAAGUACAAGAAAAACGACGAGGCGACCAGCAACAAGCUCCAGCAGCGGCUCUUCGCGGAGGUCGGUGUUAACCCGCUUGCGAGUUUGCUCCCCGUCCUGCUGCAGCUGCCCAUCUUCAUCGGCCUGUUCCGUGCCAUAGCGCAGCUAGCGCGGCAGGAUGCUCGCUUCAACGAGCCCUUCCUGUUCGUCCCCAGCCUGGCUGGCCCAGUGGAGUCCGGCAGGCCGAGCCUGGACUGGAUGCUGAAGACGCAGUCCGCGCAGCAGUUCAUUCCUCUGUGCGGUUGGGACAACUUGCCCGGGUACCUGGCGUUGCCUUUCAUAGUUGUCGUCACCCAGCUGAUCUCGCAGAGCUUCCAAAAGGUCGAGGGUGACUCCAGCCAGCCCGUUAUCCAAAUCGUCUUCCCGACCGUGGUCGGGAUCUCGUGCUUGGUUAGUCCUGCGGGGUUGGGCCUCUACUGGCUCACCAACAACGUCAUCACCACGGGGCUGACUCUCGUCGCGCAAAACCAGGCCGCGGAUGAGUUCCCGCAGUACAAGGACUCCAUCCCGGCGGAGGCGCAGAGCACCCGCUACGUGCGGGACACCGAGUUCAUCGAGACGCCCGAGGCGGUGGUGAGGAGACGCGUGGAGGCUCUUGUGGGCGAGAAGAUCGGAGCCGCGGCCGUGGAGGAGUCGCGCGAGCGGCGCAGGGCGGAGGCGGCGGCGGCCAGGGAGGUGACGGCCAAGCUGCGCCGGGAGGAGGAGGAGGCGGCCGAGGCGAGGAGAGCACCGCGGCGGCGCAGCUCCUCGCAGCCGCGGGCGACGCCCCCGAGGAAGAAGCGCGGCGGCAAGUGA